GGCUCGGAUUGUACAUAGAGCCCAGAUGGGCUUGGUCAGGAGCUGGGUCUGGUACUGGUUGGAGGCUGUGACUUGAGGCACAAUGUUAGGCGAGGAGUAGUUUACAAGGCGAGUCCAAAUGUUGACUUGAUACCAUUUGGAGCGACGAAAUAUAUCUUACAACACUUAAAACAAUGACUGAUAUUAAUAAAACAGUACAAAAAUGGCACGCAAGUUUCAAAAAAGGUACAGACUUCGAUUCCUGGGGACAGUUAGUGGAAGCUAUCGACGAGUACCAAAUAUUAGCCAGGCAUUUGCAGAAGGAAGUGCAGUCAACAACCAACUCUUCUGAACUCUCAGAGGACCAAAAGAAAACGCUUGGCAAAAUCGCAACAUGCCUUGAAUUACGAAGUGCAGCUUUGCAGACGGCACAGACUCAAGAAGAAUUCAAAUUGGAAGAUCUAAAGACAUUAGAACCAAUUAUAAAGAACAUUCUUUCUUAUAACAAAGAUUUUCCUUUUGACGUUCAACCUGUCCCUAUAAGGAAAAUCCUGGCACCUGGAGAAGAGGAGAACUUGGAGUUUGAGGAAGAAGAUGAGGCUGGAGCUGGAGUUGGAUCACCUGAUCUUUUCACCACCAGAGUCCCAGGAGCUGCUGAAGGUACUCUUCUACCACGGCUACCAUCAGAGCCAGGCAUGGCACUGCUCACUAUAAAAAUAGAAAAAAUUGGUCUGAAGGAUGCAGGACAAUGUAUUGAUCCGUAUGUAACAGUCAGUGUAAAAGAUAUCAAUGGGGUAGAUCUCACUCCUGUACAAGAUACACCAAUUGCUACAAGAAAAGAAGAUAUGUAUGUACAUUUUGCUGUUGAUGUGGAAAUUCAAAAACACAUAGAGAAACUGCCAAAAGGUGCUGCCAUUUUCUUUGAAUUCAAACAUUAUAAACCGAAAAAGAGAUUUACGAGCACAAAAUGUUUCGCUUUUAUGGAAAUGGAUGAAAUAAAAGCUGGACACAUAGUUAUAGAACUAUACAAAAAGCCAACAGACUUCAAGAGAAAAAAGUUGCAUUUGCUGACCAAGAAACCACUGUAUCUUCACCUCCAUCAAACAUUGCACAAGGAGUGAUUGUGCUGUAGUACGUGAACAAAUAUUGUGAUAAAUGUGUAUGUAUACAACAGAACUAGCACUGUGUAGCACAUUUAGGAAACAGUACUUGCAAUAAAAACACUGCAUCAUUGUUAA